AUGUCGUCCGAUCUAAUAACAUCUAUCGUCCUGGCCAUAUGCCUUCUUCUGAUUUUGAUAUGGAGCAACAGGCGCGAAACCAAUUCCACAUCGAAUGACCCAGCGAUAUGCCGCAUAAUCAUUGCCGGCGUGUUGAAACACAAAGACCAACCGAAUAACCUAUCACCACACCAAGCGAAAGCAAUUUCCAACAAACAUCUCCCAGUCGCCUUCGGAAUCGACAACGCCUUCACCCGAACAGAGCGUGCGCAUGCCGACGUGUUCGUCGAGAAAGUGAAACGGCUGAUCAAUAUAUCGACAGAGCAGUGGUACGGCGUAUCCGAGUUCGCCAGAGUCACUACCAGCCACUGGAUCGAGCAUGGCUUCCCCGGGAUGAAUCAUAACUGCGGCAACAGCGGUCGCAAAGGAAAGAAUGAUGUGAAGUUCAUUACCGGCCGCAAUCGGAUCAACGUCGCCAAUCUAGCACAAAUACUUUCAUUGAAAGUUGUGCUAUGGCUGAUGUUCGACAAGAAGACUCAAGACGAAACAGGCCACGAGAAUCUACUGAACCUAGCGGAAUCCAUCAAUCGAGUUUGGAUAUCUUCCAAGCUGAAAGCCACGGAGAGCGAUAUUCCCAGAUACGAAGACGACGUGUUGCUUCAAACGUCGCUGGUCAAUAUCUUCGGGCAACACGAUCGCCCAGAAGACAACCCAUUGAAUCUCAUCCUGCCUUCAUUUGAGACGAUGUGGCGCAUCGUCUUGCGAGGAUUCCUAGAGACCAGAUUCGCGUCUGGAAAGGAAGAACCUUUGUGGCGGGAGACAAUGAUUGCAUUUGCCAUGAAUCCCACAAAAUCCCAAUUCGACGGGCCCCCGUCCACUCGUCCCAAGUCCGAAUCUAGGGUUGAUCCCAGCAUAGGCGAUACACGUGCUAUUCAAAGUUCACCCUGCGCAAAACACAUAAUUCGGGAAUCGCUUCGGCUGUAUGUGCCCACAAGACACAUACAUCGAGCAUAUCAGUGGCAACCGGGUAUGGGGACAUCUCAUGAAAUCAGGUCCGCUGAUAUCGAAGGAUGCCAUCUGAGAUCUGAUAUCUGGGGUUCUGAUGCAGAGCGAUUUAACCCAGAUCGGUGGUCGUUUCUGACGCCGGCACAGGGAGACGCUUUUAUGCCUUUUGGAUCUGCGCCCUUUGAAUGUCCUGCCAAGCCGACUUUCGGGCCAAGGAUGGUCGGGGUCUUGGUUGGUUCUUUGUUGGCGGCUUUGGAGGAUAAGGAGCAUCCGAGGACUUGGAUUUUGGAUUGUGAAGAUGGGAAGGUGUUGGAGCACCUCACUUCUGGGAAGAGGUUGUGUCCGCAUAGGAAUUCCUAUACGGAUUUGUAUCUAGUGCGGUCUACGGAACAGUGA